AUGUUCCGAGGCGACAACCUCUUCACCUUCCUGCUGAGUUCCAUCUCGCAGGCCUUCCCAGGAAAACCAACUUUUACAGACAAGGACAUCGGGGACCUGGACGGCAAGGUCUACAUAGUCACAGGCGCCAACACAGGCGUGGGCAAGGAUGUGGCCCAAGUGCUGUACGCCAAGCACGCCAGGGUAUACUGCGCUGCCCGGUCCGAGGAGAAGGCGCUGAAGGCGAUAGAGGCCAUUCGGACUGCGGUGCCGGGCUCCCGCGGCGAGCUGCGGUUUCUGUACCUAGACCUCGCCGAUCUCAGCACCAUCCGAGCGUCGGCGGAGCAGUUCCUGGCGCAGGAAGACAAGCUGCACGUCCUGUUCAACAAUGCGGGCGUCAUGACCCCGCCACAGGGGUCGCGGACCGCACAGGGCUACGAGCUGCAGCUGGGCGUCAACAACGUGGGCACCUUCCUGUUCACCAAGCUGCUGACGCCGGUGCUGGUGCGCACAGCGAGCGCCGCAACAGCUGGGUCGGAGGCCUCGGUGCGCGUCGUCUGGGUGUCGUCGUCGGCAACUGAGUCGCCCUCGGUGCCGACGGGCGGCGUAGACCUGGCCAAUCUGGACUACCACGUCGACAAGAGCGCCUUCGAAAAGUACGCCACCUCCAAGGCCGGGAACUACCUGCAGGGCGUUGAGUUUGCCCGCCGCCACAGGGCCGAUGGCGUCGUCAGCGUGCCGCUGAACCCAGGCAACCUGAGCUCGGAUCUUUGGCGCAACCUGCCGGGCUUCGUCGUGCGCAUCAUGACGUUUCUCGUGCUGAACCCGCCCGUCUAUGGGGCAUACACGGAGCUGUUUGCUGGCCUAUCGCCUGACGUGACGAUCGAGAGAUCUGGAAAGUGGGUCGUCCCAUGGGGCAGGUUUGCGAGGAUUCGAAAACAUAUGUAUGAUGGAGGCAGGCCGGUGUCUGAAGGUGGGACUGGACAGGCAGAGAAGUUCUGGGAGUGGCAGGAGGAGCAGGUUCGGCCGUUCUUGUGA